UUCACCAAGAUCCAUGGAAUAAAGCAAGUCCUUGUACUUUCAAUUUUAUUUUGCCUUUUGUUCAAUCAAAUAGAGUUGUUUGUACUUCACUAUUGUUAUGAUUUUAGUUCAGUUCAGAUAGAGACGUUUGGCAUGGGUCCUUCCUGUAAUCUGACUCUGCAGAGUUAUGAGACGAUUUAGAACACAUUGAUCUGUGGCAAACACACCUUCCUCACAGAGACAACAAAACUAAAUUCCAUACAAGCACCAAGGUAGGCGGAGAAUCUUCCUCUCUUUCCCUCUGAAACAGGGUCUCACUGUGCUCCUGAGGCUGGUCAAACUCAUAACAUAACCAAAGCUGAUGCUUGACUCACUGACGUCCUCCUGUUGCAGCCUGUCAAGUGCCGGGAUCAUGAAUGCGCACUGUGAAGCUCGGAUAGACAGAGAAUUCUCCAUCUUAAAUAGUUGCCGGGACUGAAGAUGGAAGUCUGUUGGUAGAGUCCUUCCCUAGCAUGUAUGAAGCCUGGGUUCAGUCUCCAGCACCACAGAAGCCAAGUGUGGUGAUGCAUGCCUGGGAUCAGAGGCAGAAGGACGAGGAGUCCUUGGGCACAAGUCAAUUUUCAGCUUCAUCUUGAGUUCAAGGCCAGCCUAGGCUACAUGAAACUCUGUCUCAAAAGGAGGAGGGUGAGGAAGGGGGUGUUUGCUUUUUACAAUUAAUUUCGAUUAUAAUUAUGUGAUCGGUUUAGGAACUAAAGUUUGAAACGGAAUAAAAGAAAGCACAAUUUUAUUUUGAUUUUUGCAAAAAAAUUUCUUAUUAUAUUCUGAUCACACUUUCCCUUCCCCUCAACUCCUCCCAGACUCGUUCCACCUCCCCAACUCCCUGUCCUUUCACCCUAUAUUCAAACAAACAAAAAAUAAAAAACACACAUACACACCAAAACCCACAAAAACACACAAAAAAUGGAAACCAAAAUAUACAAGCGAAAGACCAAUAAGACAAAAAAAAUGCUCAAAGAAAUAUGAGAUAAAUGUCUAUAAAGCCACCACUGACUUCACUCCUGGGCAUGGGACCUCCCCUUACAUGCGGUUAAUACACUACGUAGUGAGAAUCCAUCGGAAAGAACCAACGUUUCCUUUGCCAUAGGAAUCAAUUGCAGAUAGCUUCUUGGUCAGUGCUGGGAGCCCAGGUCCAUUUCCCCCUCUCAGUUCUGGAACCCUGUUUGGCUUGAACCUGUGCAAGCCUUGAGUUCAUAUGUACAUCAGUCCUGUUUUAUCUUGAAGAGUUUCCUUGGAGUCAUCCAUCCCUUUUGAUUCUUACAAUUUUUCAGCCUCUUAUUCUGUACUGAUUCCCAAGCUUUGAGGGAAGGGGUUUGAUGAAAACAUCCUACUUAAGACUAAGUACUCCAAAAUCUCUCACUCUCUGCACACUGCCCGCUGUGGGUCUCUGCGUUAGUUCCCUUCUACUAGAAGAAGAAGCCUCUCUGACAAUGGCUGAGCGAGGCACUGAUAUAUAAGUAGAAUUUCUAAUUAUGCAUGUAUUAAACAGAAAGUAUAACUCUGGAGCCGUGUUUUUGAAAUGGAAAAAAACCGCACUGUGGAAGCAAUUCAAAGCUAAUUGAAGCUGAGUCUGUUCUCAGCUUUGUUUUGCAAAAGGCCUCGGCCAGUCUCUGCCAUUAUUUCAGUGCCCUGGGGAGAAAUACAGCACUGGUUCUAAAGAAAUGAUGGCAGGGGCUGAAGAGGCAUUAAAGGGAUGUGGCAACUCAGUGAGGCUCAGCCUGAGUCACUCAUUAGGAAACGUCAAGCCACCACAUCCUUCCCCUGCCGAGGCAGGGCAAGUUCCUGCCCACACAGUGCAGGCUGGACGUUUCUCAGACUCUCACUUGCUGCUAAUACAUGGAUCAGAGGGAAAUCUGCUCUGUGACUUUGCACACUUGGUAACGUUCCAUAGUCGGGUUUCAGGACAUGAAAGUUAAGGUCCUUAUCUUGAUUGCUGCCAGGCUGCUGCUCCUGCCGGCCACUUUUUGCCAGAGUGGUAUAAAAAACAUCCCAGAGAACUCAGCCAAGCCAACCUUAACUAUUAAGACCUUUAAUGGAGAGCCCCAUACCUUUGAAGACUUCCCGCUUUCUGACAUAGAGGGCUGGACGGGAGCCACUGCAACUGUAAAACUGAGAUGCCCCGAGGGGAGUAUUUCAACUCUCCUUGUGAACAAUGCUACCAUGGGGUACCUGAGAAGCUCCUUAAGUACCAAACUGAUACCUGCCAUCUAUAUCCUGGUGUUUGUGGUUGGUGUGCCAGCGAACAUUGUGACCCUGUGGAAACUUUCCACAAGGACCAAAUCCAUCUGUCUGGUCAUCUUCCACACCAAUCUGGCCAUCGCAGACCUCCUCUUCUGUGUCACGCUGCCGUUUAAGGUCGCCUACCAUCUCAACGGGAACAACUGGGUGUUCGGAGAGGCCAUGUGUCGGGUCACCACGGUCAUCUUCUACGGCAACAUGUACUGCUCCAUUCUGAUCCUCACCUGCAUGGGCGUCAACCGCUACCUGGCCACCGUCCACCCUUUCAUGUACCGGAAGCUGCCCAAACGCAACUUCACUUUGCUCAUGUGUGGCUUGGUGUGGGUGAUGGUUUUCUUAUACAUGCUGCCCUUUGCCAUCCUGCAGCAGGAGUACCAUCUCGUCCAGCCAGAGAUCACCACCUGUCACGAUGUCCACAGCACAUGCGAGUCCCUGUCUCCCUUCCAGUUCUAUUACUUCAUCUCCUUAGCGUUAUUCGGGUUCCUCGUUCCCUUUGUGGUCAUUGUCUACUGCUAUACAACUCUCAUCCGCAAACUUAACGCCCAGGACCGCAGAUGGCUGAGGUACAUCAAGGCAAUUCUCCUCAUCCUUGUCAUUUUCACUAUUUGCUUUGCUCCUACCAACAUUAUACUCAUAGUCCACCAUGCCAACUACUAUUACAACCACACUGAUAGCUUGUACUUUAUGUAUCUGAUAGCUCUGUGCCUGGGUAGCCUGAACAGCUGCCUAGAUCCAUUCCUUUAUUUUGUCAUGUCAAAAACUCUAGACCAGCUUACUUCUUAGCCAACGAGGGCAAGAUCGUCUUAGAGAAAAUAUACACGCUUGGGCUGACUUGUGCAUGACACCAACAGCUCAAUUUUUAUCUUUGUUUUAAUUUUUUUUUUUAAGACAGGGUCUCACUGUAUAGUCCUGGCUAGCCCAGAACUCUCUAGACCAGGCUGACCUCAAAAAACCUGCGAUUGCCUGCCUCUGCCUCUUGAGUGCUGAAAUUAAGGGCACACACAACCAGGCCUGGCAAGAGUUCCAUUUCAAAGCUCCUAUGAAAUAGUGCUUCAGACAUCAAAUGCUGUAAAAUUAUUAGGAUUAAAAAUACUUCGCCAGUAUUUUAAGAAUGCCUUAAUCUUUCACAAAACUAUCAUUAUUCUCCUUGUGACAACUGACAGGUUUCUAUUUGCCUCCUUUAUUCUCCAAGCUUUAAAUUCCCCCUUUCCUCCAGUGACUAGCACUGCCAUCCUGGGGAUUUAGCAUUACUUGUGGUUCUUUGAACAGUUACACUGUCCCUUGCUGGGAACUUGUCUUUAUCCCACCUCUGUCUUAACCGGGUGUCCUCACCGCUGGCCGAGCCUUCACUUCACCUUCUCUGAGUAUCUUCCUGAAUACAUCAGGCAAACACUUCCCUUGACCCCGCACGGCUCCUACAGUGACAAACCCGAGGGUGGCUUUCCUGGCCAGUUCCCUAACGUGGCCUGUGAAGCCAUGCACCAGGCCUGCUGGCUUCACCACCUGUCUUUCCUUCCCUUUCCCGCUGCCCCCGUGAAAGCCCAUUCUAGCCUCUCUGUUCUAAUCUGUUCCACUUUCCACGUCUUUAAAGGACUGUUCUUCCUUUACUCUCAAACUAGAAGUGUCAUUUUCUUCAUCUGGGUUUCUAAAGCACUUUCUUAUAAUUAUGGCCCUUCUAUACAAACAAGCCUGCUAAACUCAUUUGCAUAAGACUAUGAAGUUUUCUAUGUCAUAAGAUCACUGUGCCUACAAGCGUCACACCCGCAGACUCAAACAACCACAGAUCAAAAACACUUGUAUGGAAAGAGUUCUAUGAGCUGAACGUGAACGGACUUUCCUUGUUCCCGACACAGCGCAGCGUCUUUGGGCAGCAUUUAUCCUGCAUCACUCUUUAUACAGCAUCUGCACUGGAUUAGGUGUUGCUACAGUCCUCCAGAAGUGAUGUGAAAUGAAUGAGAGGAUGCGAAGGGGUUGUAGCCAAGCACAGUACCAUUGCUACAGGGAUUCGGAAUCUGUGCAGCUCAGCGUCUGCAGGGGUCCCGGAAGCCACCUGGGAGGGAUGAUAGAGAAGGUGGUGUCUGUCCUCCCCACUUUGAGGUUCUCGUGGUCAUUCCAGAGUCAUGCCCUGUGGGGUCAGCUUCAUCCUUUGUAUAGCUUUGUGGCUGAAUGACCGAAUAAAACCCCAAUGCAUCUAAGCCGCACAGAGGUCUACUCAGUGCAAUCUGACAAGCCAGCAUAGCCCAUAUGACAUGAGAUGACAUCAUUUCUGAUUAGACUUGUUUACAAAAAUAAGGAAGCUAAACAGCAAUACCCUCAUAAAGUCAUUUAGCAAUUUAUUUGUUUUUGUUUUGUUUAGUUUUUGGCGACAGGGUUUUUCUGUGUUGCUUUGGCUCCUGUCCUGGAACUAGUUCUUGUAGACCAGGCUGGCCUCGAACUCACAGAGAUCCGACAACCUCUGGCUCCUGAGUGCUGGGAUUAAAGGCCUGUGCUACCACACCACCUGGCUAUUUAGCAAUUUAAAUAAUGUCUCCAGCUACUUCCACCCCCCCUUUGUUUUAAUGGGAAAUGGUAUUAUAUUAUAAAUCUCCAGAUUAUUCCUGUAGAUAAGCCGAGGGAACGAAUGGGAGAAGUGAUGUCGGUGGCUAAUGGGGGAGCGUCACUAGUGACUAAAAAUGGACUUGAGGGAACCUCUGAGCAAGCAGUAUUGCUGGGCUGAAGCUGUAAGACUUGUUAUAAUCCACUAAACAAUAAAAAUACAUCUUAAGCGAACAUUGUCGAGAAUAUAUAGCUUCUUGUUUCAUCAAACUUGGACAUGCAUUGACCUGAAGGCCUCCAGGUCCACACCUCACAGGGACCCUUGCCUGCCCAUAUUUCCUACAGCAUCAUUCACAUCAGCUAAAUAAAGAACCUGGCAGGAGCCCAGCAACAGAGGAGUGGUUAAGGCAAGCUCUGGAGAAAGUGUCCUUUCCUAGCAAGCAUUUUUACCCUUAGAGGAGGAAGCCAUGCCAUUUGCAGGAAAAUGAGAACAUCUGGAGAUCAUCGUAUUAAGCAAAUUAGGCCAUCUCAGAGUAUACAGAAAAAAAAAAUAUUUUUCUCUCUCUCACCCUUUGUGGGGCCGAGAUUUUAUACAAAGAAACAAAGUCGUGUAUAUGUGCAUGUAUAAAAUGACAGGGGUGGACUGUCUAAGGAGGGCAAAGGGGAAGGGGAGGGUCAGAGCUGAUAGUAGGCAUGAGGGGGAUAUAUGCUCAACAAACAAUAGAUCCUUGUACAAAAGCAUUACAUUAAAAGACUUUACAAGGCUACAGGACAGCUCAGUGGGUGACACUUGCUACCAAAUGUGACACGCGCGAUCUCCUUAACCCACCCUGUGCAAGAAGAGAACCGAUGCCUGCAGGUUACCCCCUGACUCUACAGGAAGUCUGUCACUCACACACAAAUAAAAGACAUAAAUAAGUGUAACGAAGUAAAAGUCAGAUAAACCUUAAGCAAUUAAAAUCAAUCUCAAGCAAGCUUUAGGAGUCUAAAAACCUCAGAGAAAGGAGUUCAUUUUGAGAGCUGAGCCAUUAGCUGCAGUAGUUUGUCCUGGUGGAACAGGACAGUGUUAACUAGUUGAAGGCAUACACAAAUCCGGCAUGGUGGCACACAUCUGUAAUCCCAGCACUUGGACGGCCAGCCUGGUCCACAGAGCAAGUUCUACUUAUAUAGUAAGGCCCCGUCUCAAAAACACAGGAAAACAAAUCCAAACCAAACCAACCAAGCAAACAUGAAAACCAAAACCAAAACAACAAAGUAUUAGGUUUCAUAGCCAGGACAAACAGCCGAGGUGCCUACUUAAUAUAUCAAAGUAGACCUGGCCUUCAGGUUCUCCCUGAAUCCUUCAGUCUCUACCUGUUAUGGGGGCCCUCCUGGCUGGCACACCCACCCCCUACCCUAAAUUCCCCCAGCUGCCCUUCCUUAUAUAAUCUAACCAUUUUGGUUAUCUGGUCUUCUAGUGUACUCUUUUGGGGUCUCCUGGCUGCUGCAUCUGGUUCCUCCCUCUCCCUUGCCCCUUUCCUCACAUGGCACAGCUCAGUCUGGCCAUGUUCACCCUGGACUUUCCCAGAUGUCCCUGCUUCUGACUGUGCUCUCCCACCUCUGUGUAAUAAACUUCCUCCUCUACCACACCUAGGGCUAGUCAUGUCCUUUCUUUGCUUCUUAUUUUUUUUUCAAAAAGGCACUCAAUUUGUGUGUGUGUGUGUGUGUGUGUGUGUAUAACCAUCAAGAACAAAUCCAAAUUUUUUUGUUUUUGUUUUUUUCAAGACAGGGUUUCUUUGUAGCUUUGGAGUCUAUCCUGGAACAGGCUCUUUGUAGACCAGACAGGCCUCGAACUCACAGAGAUCCACCUGACUCUGCCUCCCAAGUGCUGGGAUUAAAGGCGUGUGCCACCACCACCUGGCUAAAAGAUCAGGAUGAGAGAAAAAUUAUGGAUUGUGGCUGGGGACACAGCUUAGCGGAAGAAGGGCACAUGUCUUGUAGGUUUGAUCCCCAGCAGUGCCAUGGAAAACUAAUCUAUUAAGGUCAUUUCUGGUCUUUCCUUCUUGCUGUAAGGAGCAUCUUUCCCCACCUGUCAUGAUAUCCAUUGUAUGUGCUUCCCAGUCAGGUGCACAGUCAUGGCAAUCACCUUUCAAAGAGGGCAGGGAAGCAACCACAGGAGUCUUCAAUAAUCCUUAAACAGGCUUCUGUUUGUUUUGUGUUGGACUCUAUAGUAAAUGCUAUAGCUACACACAUACACACAAAAACCAUACACUCAGGGCUGGAGAGACGGCUCAGCAGUUACAAGCCCUGGCUGCUCUUCCAGAAGGCCAGAGUUGGGGUUCUAGCACCCUCAUCAGGCAGCUCACAACUACCUGCAACUCUGCUUCCAGGGGAAUCCAACACCUCUGGUCUCUGAGUGCAUUCUCUGCACGCAUGGACUCAUAUGGACAGGCAGAUGCACAUAAUUAAAAACGAGAACUCUUAAAAAAUAAAAACAAAUGCAUGCAUUUACAAUAUCAUUAAUAUACUGCCAUAUAAGAACACAUGCAUGUAUCUCGUAUUCUUGUUUAACUCAUUUUGUAAUACCUCAGGGCAGGUAUGAUCCUAAUUUUAUGCAUGUGAAAAUGAGCAUAUGGGGAUACGGCGGUCUGUCUAAGGUCAGUGAGCCAGGAUCUAAAUGGUGCCUGCCUGUCUCCAAAGCAAGCAACUUUCUCUCUCAAUGCUGUUAUUUUGCUGUCUGCCAUGGACACAGUUAUUUAACUCCUGGUUCAUUAUCUCAGAACUCGUGAUGAUGGUGAAAUGAUUCAGGGCUAUUAUAAGAAUUAAACAAGAUAUGUUUAACUACCACUGUCAUGCCUGCAAACAGGAGCUGCUCGGUCCACACGUGCUCUAAGCAGAGUGCUUUUCCUGCUUUAGAGGGGGCAGAUCCUGGGCUCUGAAGGUGUACACGGGGGGGGGAGCUACCCAGUCCUCCCAGCGGGGUGUGCACCUGAGAAUACGGAUGACAGAAAUGGCUACUGUACCUGGCAGCCUCACUUCUAUUCUUGGGCAACAGGUUCUGUAAGUCUCAACACUCAGCCCAGUAUCUUUCCAAGAGCAUUAAGUCUUCCUGAGACACCCCUCAAUGUAAAUUCAGAUGUGAAUAACAUCACUGCUCUUCAAGAGGACUCCAGGCAAGUGCCCUCCCAUGCUCAGAACAGAGUAUAAGGAUAUCAUCCAUCGGGCACUGCCCAUACCAUGCCAACCUCCUCAUCCACCUUCCCAACCACCUCUUCUUUCUCCUUUAGGCGCAGUUACUGUUCUAGCUCCAUGGCAACUGCUCAAGGUUCUGAGCACAAUAUCUCAACCCUGAUUCUCUCCUGCUCUCCUACCACUCCCUAUGAAACAGUGAUGCACCAGCAAGUUCCUGACCAUCUAGACCGUAAGGACAGAAAACUUUCAAAUAGCAUCACGUGUCCUCUGCAGUGCCUGCCCCCACCAGAUGUUGCACAUGGCAUUGAUACACAGGAAAUGCCCAUGGAACUGCACUCUGGAUAAGACUUCACCUACAACUGCAUAUUCAGUGGAGGAGUAGAAGUGAUCGCUCUGGGUUUGGACUUUUCUCUAAUGCUUGGUACCAGGAAAACAGCCUUGUUGUUUCCAUCCUCAUCAACUGGGAUAAAGCUCAUCAGAUUUAUGACAAAUGGAUCAAAAGUCUUCCCUCUUGCAAACAUCCAUA